CUCCCGGCCGCUGCCCCGGGGCCGCUGCGGGCUGCGUCCGCCCUAAGGGAGCCGCGGAGCUGCCGCCUGGCUCAGUGCUGGGUGCCCUGGGGGCUCGGCGGGAAGCCGAGGCCAGGCAUGGGCCUGCUCUUCGCCAAGCUGUGGAGUCUCUUCGGUAGCCAAGAGCACAAAGUAAUCAUAGUGGGACUUGAUAACGCUGGAAAGACUACUAUUCUUUACCAAUUCUUAAUGAAUGAAGUGGUUCAUACUUCUCCAACCAUAGGAAGCAAUGUAGAAGAAAUAGUGGUGAAAAACACUCAUUUCUUAAUGUGGGAUAUUGGAGGACAAGAAUCAUUACGGUCAUCAUGGAAUACCUAUUAUUCAAACACAGAGUUCAUCAUUCUUGUUGUUGACAGCAUUGAUAGAGAGCGACUUUCCAUUACAAAAGAAGAACUUUAUAGAAUGCUGGCUCAUGAGGAUUUACGGAAGGCUGCAGUUCUCAUCUUUGCAAACAAGCAGGACAUGAAAGGUUGCAUGACAGCUGCUGAGAUAUCUACAUACCUCACCCUUAGCUCCAUAAAGGAUCACCCGUGGCACAUUCAGUCCUGUUGUGCUUUGACAGGAGAAGGAUUAUGCCAAGGCUUGGAGUGGAUGACCUCCCGUAUUGGAGUGAGAUAGCUUCGCUCCCCCCCCCCCCCCCCCAAAAAAAGACUUGUAUUUAUCCUGUGAACAUGUACAUUCUUCUGUACUUCUGGCUGCUAAGGCAGUGACCAUGUUUAAUUUAUAUUAGCCAACCCCCAAGCUGUACUUGAAUCAAGUGCAGUUGAACUGAAACACAAAGUAUUUUCUUAACUUUUUUUAAUACACUAAUCUUCAACUGGAUGAACAUAAGUGAAUCUGUUUUUAAGCAUUGAAAUUCCUCUGAAUGUGUAUUCUAACUUUUUCAAUGAUAGCUUUUUAAAAUCUGUUUUGUCAUUGUCAAUAUUUCAUACUUCCUCUUUCUAAAUAGUUUAUAUAACUUACUAACAUAAAUGAGCGCAGUUUGUUUAAUAGUGGAAAAGUAGUGAGUAGGUUGACUUUACUCUGGCAUAGCUUUAGCCUCUAAGGAUAACCAUAUCUCCAGCUGGGCUUCCUGAACAUCAGUAGAGUUCUAGCCAGCACAGGAGUUAAUAGUUAUGAACGCAAAUUUUUAAAUUCUGAAUGAGUUAGUUAUAGUUAAUAUUGUGGUGGCUUUUAACCUGGUAUAUAAUUGAACUUCUGCCUUAAAAGAAAUCUAUUUCAUUCUCAGUUUCUCUGGUAAGUAGUUCUAGGAUAUGAUUCUUUUUCUUUUACUUGAAAAUACAUCUCUGUACAGUGGAUUAAAAAAAAAAUCAUUAUUAAGUGCUGAUUUAGUCAUUUAGAACUCGAAUACCUUUUUAAAAAUAAACCUCUUAAUUAUUAAAUUUGGAAUCACAGCAGCCGGUGUUAUGUGUAGACUUUCUGUAAUCUGUUAAUAUUUUAAAUACUGUAUACAUGAGCCUUCCUCACCUUUUAGUGAGAAUGCUGUUUUCUAAAUGAAUCCAAAAUCAAAAGGGAAGCCAGAUUUAUAAACAGAACAAAAUCAGGGUGCUGUAUCUCUGGACUUUAGAGCGAAGCUAAUCUUGACAUUUAUUUACCUGCUAUCAAAAUAUGUUUUCAGAUUCCAUUGCAGAGAAAAUAUUUUGCCUUAAUUUUUGUUUUGAGUCUUAUUUGCAAGAGUAGAGAACUUUUGAUGGUGUUCAAGUUAGAUUCAUUCACCUGAAAUUUAGGAACUGGCAGUUGAAAAGUAGAGAGCUUCCAUUUGAAAAACAGCUAUUGAAAGAUUGGACCUAGUAACUCUUAAUCCAGUUUGAAGGUGAUGAAGUUAGAUCUGUAAAGAGAAUCUAAAGCUAUGGAUGAAGUUAAUUGAGAACAUUAGACACCAAAAAAACCCCUAACCACCAAAUGCCCCCCAAAAAUCUGAAAAAAAAAAAUAAAAAAAGAAAAACAGUAGUGGACACCCAAUUCCUAGUGAAAUCCCAGCAGCAGUCAAGGAUCUAACCUACAAAAAUGCUUGGUAGGCUUUCCAAAAGCAGCCUUCUGCACUUUUGCAUGCCUAUAACCCAUGUGGAUUCUGGUUACUAGAACCAUUAAACUAAUUGACUAGAGUCCUUGUAUGAAAAACAUUUUGUCAUUAAUCUUGUUUUGAUAAUUCAAGCACACUGAGUUUUCCUUAAUAAAAUUCUAAGUUUCAUAAAUUUCAGUUUGAUUCCAUUUUUACUUGAACAAAAAUUAAUGAAAUUUUAAAAGUGUCAGCAAAUAUAUUGUCAUAAGUGUUAAAAAGCAGAUUUUUGAAUACAUGUGGAAUCAGUGAUUUGUUGAAUGAAAUUAUAUAUUAAUGCAAUUUAGCAGUAGUCACAUUUGGGAGAGACUAUGUUGAGUGUCAAGUCAAAAUGCUCAAAAUAAUUUACAUCAGUGAAAAGUAGUGCUUAAAGAAAAAAGAGGAAUGCAAGGCAAGGUGAAAAUCUGAUACUAAAGCUUCUUGCUCUGAUGUUCAUGCUAACAUCUGUUCUAAUGUGCAAAAACAAGAUUUGUUUUGUUCUUAGGGAAGCAAAUUAUAAAUGAAAAAAAUAAAAUGGUACUGUGAAUGAGG